AAGGACGUCGGCGCUGGAACGUUUGGAUAUAAUACCGACCAAUUACCCCCUUGUGUUAGGCCAAAUAUUCAUCAGGUUAUAAUUGGAGCAUGGACAUGUUUCAAUCAGUUUAUCGAACUCGGUUUGCAAAUCUCAAAAGUUAUAACGAUACAGCGAUAAAGUCUGCGUGAACAUCUUCGCGCCGUUUUGUUUAUAAAAAACGAACAUCAUGCGUUAUAAAGUAAGCAUCUAAUUAACAUCUUUGUGUGAUCUGGACAUGAUGCAUUCGAUAGACAUUAUAAAAUUAGCAUCUCUGUGCGAUCUGGUGUAUUUCAAUGAGCUAUAUCAUGCAAUAGCAAAUUUCUAACAAACUCCAACUACAUGUAAAUCGCUGAGAAUUUUCGCUUGAGUUGGAAAUUGAACCGUAAACGCACCGACCUUUGUUGUGUUUAACCAUUCAUAUGCUGCAUAUAAUACUCUGACUUGGGAAUGGACAAUACAUCACCAUUGUAAAACAAGAGACGAACACUUUGCAAAAAACUUUUGUGAACAUACCGAAUUUCAUAUUGAGAUGUCAUAGCUGUGAAGAACCAGUCCUAAAGAGGAAUCUUUUACGUAUACGUCGCGAACUCCCACCUCCAAGCUCUACCAAAGAUACUUUCUUUUUUGGAUAAUAGUAGGAUUAUCCCGUUAUGCAUGGUCAGAACUGGAAGCGCUAACUCUUUAAAUUGGACACUUAAUGUCUUACUUAUAGUUAUAGCCACAAUAGACACGGUGACCAACCGCAGAUCGGAAACUUUUAAGCUUCUUCAAAGAACAACGACGGCUUAAGGGUACUUGGAAUUAUACAAGGAGUAACCGUUGUGUUACUUGAAGCUACAUUAUGACGGAUUUUGAUCAGAAAUCUACAGAACGCUACAAUUAGAACCGAGACCUUUAUCAAAGUGUGCGUGUCAUCAUUGUGACGUGUUAAAGGCCAAUGUGGUUUUUCGUUGGAAUUAGAAAAAGGAAGUCCUUGUGAUCUUUAUGGAGAUAUGGAGCGAGCCAAAAAUACAAUAAUGUACCUCUUCCUAUCUUUGACAUUUACUCUUCUGGUGGCACCGGCCCUCGUUGCGUCACAGGUGAAUUCUACUUUGAUCACAAGCAAAGGUUGCUACUAUGAUAACUUCGAAUACGAUGUUCUUCCGGACCUCAUCAAAUGCGAAAGCGCCCUCCAUCAGUCAUGUAGUAACACAUGUAGUCCCAAAAAGCCGUAUUGCCAAUCAAAUGACAUGACAAUGGAGCUCUGUUUUCAAAUAUGCACCAAUCAGAACGCGCGUUACUUCGGGCUACAGGACGGCAGCCAGUGUCUCUGUGGUGGGGCUUUCGCGCCUUAUAAUUCGAGAGGCGCGCCGUCGGAAAGUUCGGCCUGCAGCAAGAACUGCACGGGUGACCCGGGACAGAUGUGCGGAGGAGGCUUUGAAAUACUCGUCUAUGAAAUCAAAGAUCCUGCGUCGGACUGCUUCCAUCCGGGUUACCUCAAUGUCCGUGAAGACAUCUACCCACCGGUCAAUCAAGAAGACUUCCUCAUUAACGAGACUCUGGACUACAGCACCAUUUGCCAAUCACCUAGCAGCUUAACUGGUACACCGACAAUCACCUGCACAGAAAACGACUGGUCGGGGCCUCUUCCGGUGUGUACCAUUCGCUGCUCGCCGCCCGAUCCGAGGCCGUACGUUGAUUUUGAACAGGUGACGGCCGAGAGCUUCGACAUCGGCGAAACGGUGUCGUACACGUGCUUGGGAAAUACGACAACUUCUAACACCGAGUGUGAUCCCACAGGGUUGUGGUUACCCACCGUCUGUCCAGUGAUGUGCGCAAAGACGGCCUUGCCACCAGGGGGCGCACUCGCAACUUCCUCAAAUUAUGACUAUUUUGCCGUGGGGGUGCUCGUAGAUUUCGUAUGCGAUGGAGUGUUUUUAAGUUUUGCGUUCGAGUGUGGAAAUUCUGGAAGUUGGAAUAUAACAAGUUUUACGUGCCCAGAUACCAUGACAACGGCAUCAUCUCCUCCGACCACACCUAGCAACGACCUACCUACGACUAUCAAAGUUGAUAGGACCAUGACUAGCCUAGAAACCACUGGAUCUACUACGGCGGGAGUCGGCGGACCGAGUGGAUCGAAAGGUUGGGUGAUCGCCGUAGCUGUGAUCGUGCCUCUUCUCAUCAUUCUCAUCGUCAUCGUAGUCAUUAUUUGUUAUCGGAAGCGGAAAGAGGAGCAAAAUAGGAAUGUCCCUCAAGUUGUGCUGGGAUAUAUCAAGAAGAGGGGAACACUUGGUGGUACCCUAAGACGUAAUCGCGACCCGGAAAAGGAUCUUACAGACAACCCGGAAGCAGAUUCCGAAAAUGUCAAAAAGGGUGGUACACUGACUCACUCACUGAGCUCCAUGAAGCAACAGUUCGUCAAGCGCGUCACAUUAAACCGAAACAGACCCGAACUGCCCCCGAAGAAGAACCCGAAGAAUUCUAGCUCCCGAUCAGCCACGAGCAACGCCGAAGUUGGAUACGUGAGUCCGAGGGCAGCCCGAACAGCGAGCGAGGUUGAGAUGAGGCACCCGAACCCACCGAUGAAAAGAGCUUCGGUUGUUUCUGUGGUAUCCUCGGUCGACAACGGGCUCAAUGAGGUUUUCAAGAGUGAAUUAAGAACGAGUAGGAGCAGCGAGAUGCUUGACUCGCUCAUGAUGGAAUUCGAUGGCCGGGUCAAUCACGGGUACGACGUUGAAGAAUCUUCGGCCAGAUCGUCACCUUCUUUAGCGUCGAAGAACUCGCCGAAAACAGAACAUGUGGUCAUUCACACUGCGCGUCCAUCUUCUCCGAAAGUCGAUAAGCCGAUGGAAAAUGGUUUGGCGCAUAAUACAGACGGUAAUGGAGAGACAGAAUCCCUAGAAACGGCAUCUGCAUCGCAGCCGCAACUAACCGAUGUGAAGCUUUCGAAUGGUGAGGAAAACGUUAUUGAACUUCAUCCAGAUUCACCGCCUUCUGAUCGUGAGGGCGGCCCGAAAGUAAAUGGAGAUUCAGAAGCGACUGUGAACGGCACUCACCUCGAGGAGGAGUCACCAUACGACAGUUUAGGUGAACCCAAACCAGCACCGGCUGAGAUUUCAAAUGUGAACGGUUCCGCGGGAGAAGGUGAUUCACAUCAUUAUGAAAGCACGAUUGAGCGAAAUCGACCAGCCCCGUUGACAUUGAAAACUAACGGCGGGUCCGACUACGCAACAUUGCCCGGACCUGAGUCGCCGCAGUACGCAACGCUGGCCGAUGUGCAAUCCCCAAACGGAGGGGUAGGAGCUAUGGGUAGCCCUGCGACCCCAACCAAACAUGAUUAUGUCAAUGUCGGACGUGGAAACUCCGUCUCGGCGACGCGCAUCUCGGAAUUCCACCAUCCACGGCCCCCAUCCCUCCCGCCAGACUCGCCAUGAGUCGUACACCCUCCCUGGAUGCUAUUCGUUGAUGCUAUGAACUUUAUGAACGCUGUAAACGUCAAUUACAUGAACUUUCCAGUUCAAGAGUAUAAUGGUGCUUUUUAUUCAGUAACUACAGAAAAUUGUUUUCUCUUAGCUAAAGAAACAGUAAGAUAGACCAUCUGAACAGAAACUUUAAAUUAAAAACGUUGCCCACGGGUAUAUUAUACAAAAGAUGUAGGGGCUACCUAUUAAGAUCCAGGAGACAAUCGGGAACAAGGGUGCAUCCAUUUAUCUUAAAUACCCAAAUGCCCAAGCUUAUGAGCAGAGACACCAAACAGAGGAACAAAGAUGUUCCAGAAUUGUCGAGUAAUACCUCGGUCACACUUUACCAAACCGACUCCAAACGUAUUCUAUUAAGAAUGUAAUGUUUUUUAAUUUUGUUUAUGUACAAUAGAAAUACUCUGGUUUUAUUUACCCCGAGUAGCCACAUGGGUGUUAAUGCUGCUCUUCCUGCUGGCCUUGCAAUUAUUAUUACUUUGAUGGAUAGGGGCACAUUAUUAGGCGUUACCAAAAAAAAAAGAGGUUGUAUUGCCUAUGCGACCGAACCCAAAAUCUUGAAAUCUACGGUCGGCUUUUUAAAAACUUUUUUUUUUGUUACCGUGUUUUAGAACAAAAAUGUUUGAUGAGUAAAUAAAAUAUGUUUUAAAGCAUUCAAAACAGAGGAAUAUCAGCCCAAAGAGGGAGAGAAAAAGAAAUACUAAAGGUUGGAUCGCCUUUAAUUAUUGAGUAACAAGAAUUCAAUCAGUAUCCUUUCCCUAAGCUCCUAAAGCGAGCAAUAUGAAUUUGUACUGCUGCAAGGAUGUGUUAUUUGUUUAAAGUUUGUGAUAUCCUUUUUGUUAUUUCUCUUUAGAUACAUCUCUUUCCUUUUCUCUCUCUCUCUCUCUCUCUCUUUCAGUCUCUCUCUCUCUCUUUCAUUCUCUCUCUCUCUGUGUCUCUAACUAUGUCGCACCUUACCCCCUUCUCUAUGUCUCUCAAUCUCUCUCUCUCUCUCUCUCUGUCUGUCUCUCUCUCUCUCUUUUACUCACUAACUCUUUACCCUUUAGCUUACAAUAAUUGUUAAAAUGAAAUAUUUUCUAUAUUCUAACACAUUUUUUAAAUUGCACAUUAAUGGUGAAAACCGUGGAAAGGAAUAAACAUUUUUAAGUAAAGAAUUACUCAAUUCAUUUUUAAAGAAAAUCUUGACAGUAAGAUUUAUUAUUAAUUUGUGUACUCUUUAUUCGUUUGCUCAAUGAUUUGGUAAUAUACAUGUAUCUCUAAAUCUAUUUAUAUCAGGGUUAUAUUUUUGUUUGUAUGUGCUCGAUAUUUAUUCUCAUUUACUUCAUUUUCUUGUAAAACGUAAGCAAAAUUGUUGCCAAAUAUUGUUCCGCUCCGUUAAAUGUAUUCCUGGAACAAUAAAAUUAGCUUUAUGUCUACAUAAUAUUCA